AUGCACGGGCUGAUCCAUGUGGUCCUGAAGGGCUUCGUGGUGGAGCGGUUCGGCGCGGAGAAGUGGUCUGACAUCCUGCGAAUUGCCAAUGUCGAGGACGAGGCGAGCAUCAUACGCAUGGAGCAGUACGAUGACGCGCUGAGCCUGGCGGUGGUCGGGAUCGCCCUGGAGGCGAUAGAGGAGGUGCUCGACGUGACCAAGGUGGAUGCGCUGGAGCUGAUCGGGGGCUAUUUUGUGGAAUUCGUUGUCAGAGCGGGGUACAGCAAGAUGCUCCGCUCCCUCGGAACGACGCUGGACGAGUUUCUGCUGAACCUGAACCAGCUCCACCACAACCUCGAGCGGGAGUUCCGGACGGCAGUGUUCCCGAGUUUCGAGAUUUCCCGGGUCAAGACCAACCAUGACCACGAUCAGGAGGAGGAGGAGGAGUUCCUCCUGCGCUACUCCUCCAUGCGCGCGGGGCUGGGGCUGGCCCCGCUGGCAAAGGGCGUGGUGCAAAAGGUGGCGUCGGUACUCUUCGACAUGCAGAUCGAGAUCGAGGAGCUCAGCCGCGUGGAGUCGGAGCAGGUGGAGAGGAGGCUCGAGCAGCCGCUCGAGAGCUCCCUGGCGACACAGCGGGCGCCGGCGGAGGACGAGGAUGCGGACGGCGGCGACGAUGAUGACGCCGCCGCCAUCUCUCAGGGCGUGAGCUGGCUCAUCAGGAUCCCGCGGCCGCCUUCGCCCAUAACGCCGCACUCGCCACCGCCAGUCGGGAAUGCCCCCCAGCAAGCCGGCGCGGCGACGGGUCGUGCCGCCGAAGCAUCAUCAUCGUCACCGUCCCUGUUCUCGUCCUUCGACCUGCACCAGGCGCUCUGCUCCGUGGGCAGGUGCUGCACUUCGGCUGCCUCCGCGGUGUGCUGCACUGUGGACUGUUCCGCCGAGUGUGCUGCGCCGCCGAGUGCGCAGGCCGCUCUCGACGACGUCGACGCCGCCAUCUUCACCGCCCGCGGGGUGGAGAUCGCGGCAGGGGAGCGGCUGUUUGUCGCCGCGGAGCUUUUCCGGGGCGUCCUCGCCUCCCAGGUGGCCGGUGCGUGGAGCGAGCCGGAGGCGCUCGAGCGGGCGGGCGACUUCUGGUCGAAGGACUUGCUGGCAAGUGCGGCGGCGGCGAGCAGGCGGCAGCGGGUGCUCGAGCGGGCAGGGGAGCAGCCGCCGCAGCCAACGGAGGACGAGGGGGGCGGCGGGUGCUACUACGCGUGGUCGAGAGAGGUCCUACUGCCACGCUGCGGCGGGCGCUACUACCACGCUGCGGCGGCGGAGGAGUGGAUCCCGGGGUGGCAGCGAGUGCUCUUCGUCUCUCACGCCUGGUCGCCCCCGCCUGGCUGGGCGGAGCUGAUGGGGGCCCAGUGCCGGUACGGCGACGUGAAGGCGGCAGAGGUGUGCAUCGCCGCGAAGGAUCUGGCCGGCCAGGCGAGCGGUAGGGGGGCGGCCGCUCGGGCGGACGCCGUGGCCGCUGGCGACGCCGUGCGUUGGGGGGAGGUGCGGCUCUGGAUCGACAAGUGCUGCGUGCAGCAGGGUGACGCGGUGCAGGUCGCCACCUGCGUGGAGCUCUUCGAGGAGUUCAUCCAACUCAGCGACGGCGUGCUGGUCUUGCCCGCCUGGAACUACUUCGAGCGGCUCUGGUGCGUCUACGAGUGGGCAUGCUUCACCAUGUUCCACGAGCCCGAGGAUGUGGUGCUGUGCGCCGACGCUUUCUUGCGGCCGAAGUCCCUGCCGCUGUUCCUCAAGUCCAUCAGGAACUUCUCGCUGGAUCGCUGCCAGUGCUUCCAUGCCCCAGACCGGGAGAUCCUCCGCCGGAAGGUGGACCAGUACUACACCUCUGUCCGGGCGUUCGAGACCUUCGUGCGCUUCACCGCCGUUGCGUUCUUCGGCCGGUGCAUGACCCACCGGGCCGGCCGCGCCUCCGCGCAGCUGGCGCCGUGGGCCGACCUCGCAGAGGAGUUCGGCUUCGCCGCUCUGGCGAGGGAGCUCCGCACAGCCGACCAGAGCUCCAAGCGGUGGCGCCGGGAGGCCUACCGAAGCGCCAGCGGGAGCCAUUGGGAGGAGGCGGCGGGGGGCAAGAAGCUUCCGAACAGGGAGCCAGAUCAGCCAACGGCAGCGCGGGCCUCCUCCUCGGGCGUGCAGGCGCUGAUCUGCGAGAAAUCGGACGCUUGGUUUUCGCGGCACAUCGCGCCGCUGGUGGAGGUGGCCCGCAACGAAGCGGCGAAUCCGGACGCGCUGCGGCUUGUGGCCCGGGGCCGAUGCCAGGGCCGGCGUCGUCUCUUUUGUUACGCGUGA